AUGAAUUUACAUACAUGUUGUAAAAUUACAGUAAAUUUUGCUCCUACAAAAGUGACUGUAAUUUUGUUUUUUACGAAUUUUCCAUGAAAAAACAACAACAUCAGAAGAAAAAAAAUUUUUAAAAGUGUAAACUGAAUUUACAACAUCAUAAAAUUUUUUGCCAUUUUUGCAUGAAAACACAACAUUCAAAAAAAAGUAUGAAAUCGUUAA